AUGCAGCACCUCGACCCACUUCCGGACCUGUUCUCGCUCGCGGCCGCUUGCCGGCGGACCGCCGCCCUGGCGCGGAGCUGCCAGGCCCACCUCCACGUAGGCCAGAGGCCCCGUGGGGAGCCCGACAACUACAUCUCCGGCCGCUGGUUCGCGUCUCUCGCGGAAGCAGUGCGAUGCAGCCGCCCGGGGGACAUCAUAUCGAUCCAGGCAGGACACCACAUCGUCGAAGAUCCGGUCGUCGUGGCGCACCCGCUGCGCAUUCAGGGCCAGAAGGAGGGAGCGGCGAGGCCUGUGCUCGAGGCGUCGCGCGGGCGGCCCGUGCUGGUCACGCAGUCCACGUGCGUCCUCGAGGACGUCGAGAUUCGCGCGCUGCUCGCGCCGUGCGUCGUCCACCGCAGAGGGAGCCUCACGGCGCGCCGCUGCGUGUUCCGCACGCAAGCGCACGCGCUCGCGCACCUGUGGCGGCCGAUCGCUUCGAAGGCGCACGCCGCGGACGCACCGGCGCGGUGCUACGCCCCCGCGUACCGCCCCGCCGCCGGCAGCGUGGGGGUGUCCCUGGAGGAGUGUUGGCUUGGGGGGGGGUCGCAGGGCGUCGAUCACGCGCCGGGCGGGUGUCUCAAGAACGUGCGCGUCGCGAUGGACGUCGGAGGCGCGUGGCUGUGGCUCCGCGUCGUCCCUGCGCCCGGGCCGGCGCACGGAACGCGCGUCGCACCUCCUUGCGCGGCAGCGUCGACGAGCAUGACCACGGCGCGGGCGGACGUCGUCUGCGGGCGCUGCGUCGCGCUGGAGGCGGAGUGCGCCGGCGGGCCCGACGCGGGCGCGGACACCCGGGCGGGUGGCACCGGCGGCGCGAGCAACGCUCCCGACGCGAUGUGCUGUCGUUGUGGGCGCCCCGCGGCGGGCGGGGCCGGUCCGGCCGAGAGCGUGGGGCUCGGCGAGGGCAGCGGAGCGCCGUGGAUCGCAGUGGGCGGCGCAGGCGCGGCGGAGGGAGAGCCGAGGGGUGGUGUGGGCGCGUCGGCAGCUGGGAGGGGUCGCUUGAGAGGGGGGGGGUCGCAGAGGACGAGGAGGCCGUGGUGGACGACGUUUUCGCGCUGUGUAUGGCGUACGAGCGGCCGCGGAAGCGCGUGGAGACGCGCUGACGCCACGCUGGCGGCGCCAGGUCACCGCCAUUGUGUGACGACUCGAACGCGCGCCCGGCGCCGGCGGGGCUGA